UGCGUUGCGUGGAUGGAUAAGUACCAACGUCGUCUGUUUGUUAUUUAUUUAUUUUGUUGUUUUCAGGCAUUGACAAUAGUCUCAUUCCCUCAAGCCAACCAUGACUGAAUUUCGAGUGUUUCUUUCUACGCAAUCAUAGUUCUCUUUUCCGAGAAAUCUAUGGGUUCAAUUUUCUAUGUGCUCUCCUCAUGGUUUUGCUUAUAGUUCAGUUUCUACUUCGUGGGUUUUAUCUCAUCUCAUGGCAUUGGCUUCAAUUUUCUUCACACAGAAACAUAGAAAUUUCGAAGAACAGCUACAACUACCAUGGAUUCACAGUUGGGAUUCAUCGAACAAUCGUUCAAUUCUCGAUACCCAUUUUGGGUCCGCCAAGUGCUCGACGAAUUGCCUGAUAGCUUCAUCAUAACUGACCCGUGCACUUCUGGGCACCCAAUUGUUUUCGCUUCCAGAGGAUUCUUCAAAAUGACUGGUUUUUCAAGGGACGAAGUGAUCGGCAAGAAUGGGAGAGUUUUUCAGGGCCCCAAGACUAGCCGGAGAUCGGUAAUGGAGAUUAGAGAGGCAAUCAGAGAAGAGAGGACUAUACAAACCAGUAUAUUGAAUUAUCGUAGAGAUGGGUCACCAUUUUGGAUGUUGUUUCACUUGUGUCCUGUGUUUAGUAAAGAGGAUGGGAGUGUGAUUUAUUUUGUUGGAGUUCAAGUGCCAAUUGUCCGAAAACAGAGGCAUUUGAGAAGUGGGUUUGGAAGGAUUGGGGUUAGCUUGUGUGAAGAUAGUUCUGGGUUUGGUGAGUCUCUACUUGGUUCUUGCAGGAGGGAGGUAUGCUUGGAUUCUGUAGUGGAAUUGGGUCGUGUAUUGGCUAUGGAUUUGGUGUUGGGUUCAGAUGAUAGAGAGUUAGAAGUUGAUGAGCACUGCGAGGCAAGUGAUCUAGAGAAGCGAAAGGCUGCAACUGCCAUUAACAACAUAUUCUCUGUGCUAAGCCACUAUAGUAAGUUAACAGGUACACUAGUUUGUGGGAAGAGAUGCGGCUUUUCUGGGAUGGGUCUUCUUGGUUCAUCAUUAAACAUAUCUCUUGGUAGAAUCAAACAAAGUUUUGUAUUAACCACUCCGCACUUACCUGACAUGCCUAUUGUGUACGUGAGUGAUGCCUUCCUAAAACUGACAGGCUAUGCUAGACAUGAAGUUUUGGGUCGCAAUUGUAGAUUUUUAAGGGGGGCGGAUACGGAUUUCAAAACCAUAUUCCAGAUAAAGGAAAGCAUUCAAACUGAGCUAGCAUGCACAGUUUGUAUCUUAAAUUACAGGAAGGACAAAAGUUCGUUUUGGAACUUGCUUCACAUUUCACCUGUUCGGAGUGCUUCUGGGAAGCCGCCCCACUAACUGAAGAUGUCUUGCCACCAUACUGAAAUAAGAAAACUCAUGUCUUGACGUGUGUACUCCUUCCAAACACAGUUAGUGUCCCUUCCCCAAUCAUAUAUUUUCACUACUCCUACGUUCUCUCAUUACUAACUAGUUCAUGUUGAUGCCUCAUUAUGGCUUAAGUUAAUUUUCUUAAGUUGUGCUUUCCGCUAGUCCAUAAUGAAUUUGGGAGUUAUUCUUUGGUUUGCAUACCUUCUUUAUGUACUCUAAAAGUGUAGAAAAAUCCUUUACUAAAUGGAUAUGGCUUCUCUAUGAUAUUUAUCGAUAUUGAAUCAUUUUCUGCUAUUGUUCCUGCUGGCUAGUUUCGACUAUCACAUCUGCUAUUUGCUUCUGAAUGCUGCUAUUGCACUUUUCUGCUGUUUUUGCGUUAUUAUGCUAUUCACCUUCUUGAUGUAUAUAUAUUCGGCUUUUAAUUCUGAUCUUUUAUAUUAAUUCUCACUUGCAUUAAAAAAUUAAAAAAAUAAAAUAAAAUAAAAUCUACCUGUUGCCUAUAAUUUUUUGACUGAUGGUGGUGAAGAGUGACUUUGAUAUAAUUUCUGUAAGAGCUGAAGAAGUUUAUUUGAAUGGGUGACUUUUAUGACUUACAGAAAGAAUGGCUGUUCUGGAGCCAGACUCGUAUAUUUUUUAACAAAUCUUGUAAUGCUCCAUUAGGAAUCGACUUUCCAACCCCUCCAUCUCCAUCUCCAUCUCCAUCUCCAUCUAAUUAUCAAUUCCUUGUCCUCAAAGCCAACAGAAAUCAGAAUAAUUGCUGAAAAGUUGGAGCUAGAGUACUAGUUAUGGUGUUCCAGUUAUCACCAAUCUUAAAUCAGUCGGUAUCCUCAAAAGGUGCAAAAAAUUGAUUGGCUUCCAAGGACAUUUCUCCGCAAGGCUCCUUUUCAAAGAGCUUGGUGACUUCGUACCAUUGAACCUCUAUAACAACUCUUGAUAACAAGAUCUUAUACUUCCUUUACAUAUAGGGCAAUUUUUUUUGGUUUUCAGGGGAAUGACUGACAGGUUUCAGUGAGAUCACACCAUGCACUUCCUGAUUUUGCUUAAAAUGCAGGAGAAAGAAGAAAAAAAGUUGCCUAGGAUGACUAAAAUCAACUUAAUGUAAAAUAAUGAAAGCUACAUUGAAAUUUGCCUAGGAUGACUGUUUGGAAUUUUUACUUUUAUACCCAACAAAAGUUUUAUAUAUUUAUAUAUAUAUUUUUUAUUCCAAAUGUUCCAUGGUUCCAAACCUUUAUUCUUGUCUUCUUUGAAUUCUUAGCCACCAAAAUAGGGUGACUGUGACAAGUGAUAACAUAUAGGUAUAGCAAUUUUAUCUUACUCAAUAAAUCCAGAAGAAGUGUACAAUUACGAAGAAUCCCUUGUAAUUUUGGUUGAUAUUGAGCUCUUAAUUUGUUUUCCAUAUAUUUUAUUUCUCGUCCCUUCUGGCAUUUCAUUACAUAACCACAAGGGGAAAUUAUAAUAAAACCUCAGGGUUUGACUCUUAUAACAAAAUAAAUUCUAAGUUUUUAAUUUUGUCAAUUUAAACUAUAUCUUUUUAUUUGUUUUCAAUUUAAACCAUCUGUCUAUUUU